AUGGAUUUUAUUAUUAUUUUUUUAAUUGGAAUAAUAAAUAUGUCCAAGCUAGGAACUCCGAUAGAUAAUACUAAAUGCUAUAUUAUAUUAACAACACAAAAUUUUGAUAUAGUGAGUACAAUAGAUUCAAUUUAUAAAAUUAGACAAUACAAUAAAGAGAUUCUAGACAAGGAAGCAUUUAUAGAAGAAAAAAUACAAUUAACUUUUGACAAUUUAAAAAAAAAAUUAUAUUACAAAACUGAAAAUUCAGAAGAACUUAAAGUUUUCUUUAAAACAUUUUUGCAAACAAUUCAUAGUGUUGUUGAAAGCAAUUCUAUUUUUAAACAAGGGAGAUUAAGUAUUGAACAAAUACUGUUUUUUGCUAUUGAUCCUGGUGUAUUAAUGACAUUAGAAGAAUUUAAAGCGAUGCAAAAUUUUUUAAUUAAAUAUGAAAAAAGCAUUUUGGCAAUUAAAAAUUCAAUAAAAGCAUACGAUCUUUUUUUCAACAAGCUUCAUUUUCUAUAUAUGACUGAUGAAUGCUAUACAUGUGUAGAAGCGCUAAAUGAAGUUAUAAUUUGCAUUAAUCCUGGCGAUGACGUUGUAUCUAGUUGUAAACUAGUAUUAGAUAUGCUGUUGAAGCUAAAAUAA